AUGGAACCCAAUCCAAAUUAUGCAUCCUUGGCCCAGCAAGUUCAAGCUCUUGCGGCCACCAUUGAAGAACUCACCAAGCAAAAUCAGGAAAUGAAAUUACGACUCCAGCAGGUCCAACAGGCUCAACAGGAAGAGAACCAGUCCAAAGAUAACCUGGAGGGAGAAGGGGAUAGCCACAGGAGGAGGGGGCAGCGUUCAAAGAGGUCGGCGGACCACUUACUCACCAUUAGGCAGGGAGAGAAUGAAACUCUGAGGUCGUACGUGAAACGCUUUACUCGGGAGACUCUAGAAGUGGACGAAGCUGAUGAUAAGGUGCAGCUGACGACCUUUAAAGCGAGACUGAGAUCCAGAGAUCUUGUGGCCUCCCUCGCAAAGAAUCCACCAAAAACAAUAGCAGAAAUACUCCUGAAGGCACAAAAGUACAUGAAUGCAGAAGAUGCUUUAGCAGCCAUAAAGUAUGUAAAGAAGUCAGGAGACAAGGCAAAGAAGGAAGACGAUCAUAGGGGUCAAAAGAGGGAGCGCCCAAAUCGUCGGAACAAUGACGGGAACAGGAGAAAAGAUGAUAAAGGUCCUCAGACGGUAAGACUUACUCCUUUGGUUAUGCCUGUUGACAAAAUUUUAAUGCUGAUCAAGGACGAGCACUACCUCAAAUGGCCAAGACCAUUACACUCAUCCCCUAGCAUCUACGAUAAGAACAAGUACUGUCGAUUCCAUAAAGAUCACCGACACCACAUAGAAGAUUGUAGGGACCUAAAGGAGCAAAUAGAGGAGUUGAUACGAAAAGGAAAAUUACAGAAGUAUGUGAAGAAAGGGGAAUAUAGUAAGUUCAAGGAUGGUAAUAAAAGCCAGCAUGGGUCCUCUUCCCGGGAUGACCGCUCGUCCCAACCUCCACAGGAUGUGAUCGGGGAGAUAAAGACGAUUACAGGAGGGCCCUUCUCAGGAGGAUCAUUUAAAUCCCUCAAGAAAGCAUAUCAGAGGCAGGUAAACAGUAUCCACACGAUACCUCCGUCUAAGCAACAACGAACAGAUUGGGACGUGUCCUUUAAUGAAGGGGAUGCCAGGGGAGUGAAGCAGCCCCACAAUGACCCUUUGGUUAUAAUGCUGAAUAUAGAGGGAUCCAAUACCAAGAGGAUCCUCGUGGACAACGGUAGCUCCGCAGAUAUCAUUUACCUCCCUGCCUUCCAGCAGCUGAGGCUAGAUCCAAGGAGACUGCACCCAUUUGACUCUCCCCUCGUCAGUUUCAGCGGAGACAGGGUAUACCCCAAGGGCAUAAUGACGUUGACAGUGAUGGUGGGGACCUACCCGGUGCAGUUGACCCGUCAAUUAGACUUCCUAGUGGUGGACUGCCCCUCAUCCUACAAUGUCAUCAUUGAGAGGCCCACGCUUAACAAAUGGAAAGCGGCCACGUCCACCUACUGUUUGAAGGUGAAAUUCCUAACAGAUAAGGGUGUCGGCGAAGUAAAAGGAGAUUAA